CAUUCAAUUCCCACAUGACCCGUUUGUCUUCCCUCCCGCAUCUAGCAUUAUACUGCUCUUUCUUGAAACCAGCAGCCCCCCCUACUUCUUCGAUCCCCCAUCGACGAAUCGAGAAGAAAAACCAUGUUUCUUCUGGACUGGUUUUAUGGGGUUCUCGCCUCCCUCGGCCUCUGGCAGAAGGAGGCCAAGAUCCUCUUCUUGGGGCUCGACAAUGCCGGCAAGACGACGUUGCUCCACAUGUUGAAGGACGAGAGAUUGGUGCAGCAUCAGCCGACGCAGCAUCCGACAUCUGAGGAACUCAGUAUUGGGAAGAUCAAGUUCAAGGCUUUUGAUCUGGGGGGUCAUCAGAUCGCUCGCAGAGUUUGGAAAGAUUACUACGCAAAGGUUGAUGCAGUGGUAUACCUGGUGGACGCCUACGACAAGGAGAGGUUUGCAGAAUCAAAGAGGGAGCUUGAUGCCCUCCUUUCAGAUGAAGCUCUUGCGACUGUGCCUUUCCUCGUGCUCGGGAACAAGAUAGAUAUCCCAUAUGCGGCUUCGGAGGACGAGCUACGGUAUCAUCUAGGGCUCACCAACUUCACGACCGGCAAAGGGAAAGUGAAUCUUGCAGAUCAGACUGUUAGACCCCUCGAAGUGUUCAUGUGCAGCAUCGUCCGCAAGAUGGGUUACGGAGAAGGGUUCAAGUGGAUGUCGCAGUACAUCAAAUAGAGAGCAGAUUUGAUGGGGUCCUGUUUCUGGAUAGACAUAUUUUCGUUGUACAAGGACAAUACAUUAUUGUUCGCUUUUGUUCCACCUGUAUUGAAACUCGGUCAUUGCUCCCCAAACGAAGUACUCUGCCUGGAUUAUAUAAGUUUAUAAUAACACAGCUGGUAUUUCUGGUCUUUCUGAGGGUCGAAAGCUCGACCUAAAUAUUGGUCAUUGAGCAUGAACUAUGUAAAUCUCUCUGUUGAUUUCUUGUUUUAGGGUGGAUAUGUCUCGACCGAGCAUACGGGUACUUCUUAUGAGCUUCUUUUGUUGUCGCACUGAUGUUCUGAAAAUGAACUUAGCACUCUGCAAAUA